CCAUUCUUCACCUAGCCCUCGCAUUUCUAUUAUUUUUAUCUCUAUUUCCUUUUUCUCCGUUUGGCGUCGUCUCCUUCUCUCAGAUUCUCUCUCCCCCUCUCUCUCUCUCUCUCUACUUUGAUCAGAUCGAUCUCUAAACGAUCCAUCAGAGUCAAAAUUGUAUAGUCACCAUGACGCUUGGCUCGGGAGGAUCGAGUGUCGUGGUCCCUCGAAACUUCAGAUUGCUUGAGGAACUUGAACGUGGAGAAAAGGGUAUUGGAGAUGGUACUGUGAGUUAUGGAAUGGAUGAUGGAGAUGACAUCUACAUGCGUUCAUGGACAGGCACCAUUAUUGGGCCGCAUAAUUCUGUACAUGAAGGUCGUAUUUAUCAGCUGAAGCUUUUCUGUGAUAAAGAUUACCCUGAGAAGCCACCAAGUGUUCGUUUCCAUUCUCGGAUCAACAUGACUUGCGUCAACCAUGAAACUGGAGUGGUGGAACCAAAGAAGUUUGGGAUUCUGGCAAAUUGGCAGCGAGAGUACACCAUGGAAGAUAUACUGACGCAGCUGAAGAAGGAGAUGGCUGCUCCGCAUAAUCGGAAGCUAGUCCAGCCUCCCGAAGGUACCUAUUUCUAGUUGGGAGGAUUCAUAUAGAUUUCAUGGACCAUGUUGCAUAUACAUGUAUAUGCAAUAUAUAGUUUGUAAUGCUGUGUCAGUCAUGUCCAAGUAAAAAAAAUAUGAGGGGAAUGCCAUGAAAAAGCUUCUCCUAGUCUUCUGGAUCUUUGAGAACUGUGUUGCAGAGUCUGUUUGAUUUAAGGGAUUUCUGGUGUGCCAAACAUUGAAUAUAUGCCCUAAUUAGUCUUGCAGUUCCUGUUUUCUUC